AUGUCAUCCCCAAUUGAGCAACCUUUAGUUAAAGCUGGUAACCAAGCUGUCCACAUUAACAGGCCUCACGGUCUGGAUUUCCACAUCACCAAACGUGGUUCUGACUGGUUGUGGACAGUCACUGCGAUUUUUGGUUUGUUAGCUGUUGUCUACGUCUUAUUGUUCUUUGUUACCCAAGUUAGAAAUGGUUCAGGUUUGUCAAGGUACUCCUUGGCGGCACCAUUUCUCAUAGCAUUCUUUGAGUUUUUUGCAUAUUUUACAUACGCUUCCAAUUUGGGUUGGACGGGCACGAACGCUGAAUUCCAUCACAUUAGCGUGAGUAAGCCUGUUACCGGUGAGUCUCCAGGUAUUCGUCAAGUUUUCUAUUGUAAGUACAUUGCCUGGUUUUUAUCAUGGCCGAUUGUGUUGUUCCUUCAAGAUUUGGCGGCUUUGUCUACCAUCAAAAGGGAUGCCUUGGGCAGUGCUUCCGUCCUGGACUUGAUUCACAGUUUGUUAGUUCAGAUCUUUGGACACUACUUUUGGGUUAUAGCACUUUUGGUCGGUGCUUUAAUUCCAUCUACUUAUAGAUGGGGGUACUGGACCAUUGGUGCAUUUACCAUGUUGGUUACAGAAGGGCUAGUUUUACAAAGACAGGUCCAAGCUUUGCGCACUCGUGGAAUUUACCUCAUUCUAUUGAUGUUCAUGUGCUUGAUUGUCUGGUGCUACUUCAUUGCUUGGGCCGUCUCUGAAGGUGGUAACAAAAUUCAACCAGAUUCUGAGGCUGUCUUCUAUGGUAUAUUGGAUCUGGUCGUAUUUGCCAUCUACCCAUCAAUUUUAGUAUGGAUUAUUACCGUAAGGGGUGAAUGGCCUGAAUUCAGCCUCAGGGGUGGUACUUCUGGUGCUUAUGCCGGGGAUGCUCCAUUACCACUUGGUGGGAAAGGUGCUGCUGCUCGUAGCGACUCAGCCGUUCAUAAUCCAGAAAUUACUACUCACAGAGCAAGUACUAGUGACGAGUUGCACUACGAAAAGACUGAUGGUCCAAACUCUAUCAGAGAUUCUGGUGAGACUCAGGUUCCCAGAAACUCCAUUGCUGCUCGUACCGAACCAGAAACUGAGGAUGAGUCUGCUUAA